UUCACUUUAUUACAUGCAAACUGCAGAAAUUGUGUGCAAACUAAACUAUGAACUUAAUUAUAAAGUAAAUAAACAAACAUUUCUGUGCAGGUGGUAAAUAAAAUGGUUUAACACACACUUAAUAGAUAUUCUAAAAGUUGAAUGCAACUCUAAAGGUGUUAAAUUCAUUAAAGCAGGUUCUUUAUUCAAUGCAACUUGAUUUGAUGGCAGAAAUAAAGGCGCACAACCACAGGCACCAUGUUGAUGGGAGGAGUGAAAACAGGACAGCGAGCCUGAAAAACACGUUCCGCAAAACCCUCCAUUCCAGCCGGCUUUCCUCUCUGCUCUCUGAGCCAACAACACAUUCCUCACAGCAGCUCUUUUUCAUUUGAUCCGGGAGUCGAGAGGAACCAGAGUCCAGAGUUUUGGGGGAUGGAUGCUGCCGAGAGAGGCGCCCCGGUGAGCCGGCUGGAGAGAAGCAGCCACACGGCGUUCAUAGAGGACAGCAGGCUGUACGUGUGGGGGGGAUACCAGGUAGUUGGUAGAGAGGACUUCAUGUUGCCCACAGAUGAGAUCUGGCUCCAUGAUUUGGACAGCGGGACGUGGGAGAAGAGGAACAUCACCGGAGAUGUUCCGCCAACUGGCUUCAUGGGCUCCUACGUUAACGGCACGCUCUACGUCUUUGCAGGAUGCGAACCCAUCGGAUACACGAACGAGAUGUUCAGCGUUGACCUCACCGAGCAGAGCUACUCGUGGAAGAAAGUGACCGACACCAAGGGAACGACGCCGUCACCGCGAAACAAACACUCCUGUUGGGUUCAUCGAGGCCGAUUAAUCUUCUUUGGUGGGUAUGGAUAUAAGACCGUAGGAGACGUACGAAACAUAUCAAGGUCAAACUUCGUGGUGGAGGAGAUGUCCUGGACGGAAAUUGGAAGUGCGUUAUUUCGGUGCUGGGGCUGGAACAAUGAAGUCAAUGUUUUUGACACUCAUACGGCAACGUGGAGCACACCGGAGACCCAGGGUCCUGCUCCCACCCCCAGAGGCUGCCACGCCAGCGCUAUUCUGGGGAACAAAGGUUACAUCUCUGGCAGCAUGGAAAAGGCCGAGUUGGACAUGUUCUGCUUAGACCUGGAGACCUGGACUUGGACUCAAUUUGACGUCUCCCCGUCCUGUGUGCCUCUGGGACGCUCCAUGUUCACCAUGACGCCCACGUCAGAUCACACGCUCUUCAUAUACGGAGGUCUCGGCAUGGACGGAAACACACUAAAUGACGCCUGGCAGAUUGACACGCAAAAGAUAGAGUGGAACAAGAUGCCGAACCCACACAAAGACAAGCCCAGAGUGUGUCACACAGCGUGCCUGGGAAGUGACAACGAUGUGGUUGUGUUCGGGGGAAGCAGCCUCAUGUGCUUCCUCAUGGACUCGGUGACCAUUCUGAGGGCUCCAUCACAGAAUCACUGCAAAGACGUGUUCGUGUUUCAGACCCAGCCGUACUCUCUCUCCAGACUGUGUGAAGACCUCAUAGGAAGAAACCCGGAGCGGUUUGGGAAGCAUCUGAACGGUCUGCCAUCAAAGCUCCACAAAAAAAUCAACAAGAGAAUUUCCUUUUUCUCCGAAACGAAGCCCGUUCUCACAGCUUGAAGAGGAAAGCUUGUCUGUUUUGUUUUUAGAAUCUGAGUCACUCACUUAUCCCAAAACUGUUUUCAUUUUCAUGUGUUGUUUUGUUUGUGUCAAAUGAAAAAGAAAAUCCUACAGUUGAAUUGUUUUAACUUAAGACCCUAAUUGUAAAUUAAGCUUUUUGCCUUAUUUUAAACAGCCAGUUAGUGAUUUGA